AUGUCUGGAAACAGAUACACAGGAUGUUCGUUGCAACAGGUCAGCCCCAUGGCUGGUCCACACGAUUCACACGAGACUUCCUAUUUGCUGCCUCCAAACAGUAAGGACUGGGAAGGGCAUGGCAUUCCUGACUUUGUCUACGGGCAGGAGGAGCUGGUGCUGGAAGGGAUUCAGUGGCCGAGGGAUGCGCCCGGCCUCCCGGAGGACGCCGUACCACCGUCUCGCUUCGACUCUGUGCUCUGCUCCGCCUGGAAGCAGCGGGUGGAGCUGGGGCUGUUCCGCUACCGCCUGGGGGAGCUGCAGACCCAAACCCUCCCCGGUGCCGUGGGUUUUGUGGCUCAGCUGAACGUGGAGCGAGGUGCGCAGAGGAGGCGCCCCCAGAGCAUCAGUAGUGUGAAGCAGGCGUUUGACCCUGCACUGUUUAACUUCAACAAGAUCCGGCCAGGAGAAGUCCUCUUCCGUCUGCUCCGGGAGCCCGAUCUGCCAGGCGCUCUCCAGCAAGAGGACAUCCUCGUAAUGAUCAAUGUCAGCCCCUUGGAGUGGGGCCACGUGCUGCUGGUGCCCGAGCCCACCCGUGGGCUUCCCCAGCGCCUGCUGCCCGGUGCGCUGCGGGCCGGGGUCGAGGCUGUGCUGCUGAGCUCACACCCAGGCUUCCGUGUCGGCUUCAACAGCCUGGGUGGCUUGGCCUCAGUGAACCACCUCCACCUGCACGGGUAUUACCUGGCCCACAGACUGCCUGUGGAGGGAGCACCAAGCGAGCCCCUGGACCCCGGGGGGCAUCUGCACCUCCUCCAGGCCGUCCCAGCGCCCGGCUUCCUCUUUUACACUAGCGGGCCGGGGCCUGACUUGGAAGCCUUGAUAGGCAGGGUAUGUCGGGCCACCGACUAUCUGACUGACCGCGAGAUCGCCCAUAAUUUGUUUGUGACCCGGGGGGCCCCACCUGGAAAGACAUCACCCUCCUCGGCUCUCACGGGGGUCCGAGUGAUUCUGUGGGCCCGGAAGUCCAGUUUUGGGGUAAAGGAAGGCGAGGCGUUCAAUGUUGCCCUCUGUGAGCUGGCCGGGCACCUCCCUGUCAAGACGUCCCAGGAUUUCAGCAGUCUGACAGAGGCGGCUGCUCUGGCCCUCAUUCAAGACUGUCUGCUGCCCCCCGCCCAGGCAGAAGAGGUCCAGGCAGCGCUAGUGGCCUUGAUAGCCCAGGACGAGCAGUAA